UUUGUUUGUUUGUUUGUUUGUUUUGUUUUUUGUUUUUUGUUUUUUCCAUCGAGAUGAGAAAGAGCAAAGUAACCGCUCAACUCCAUGGCCUAACUGUGAACCAUGGAGGCUGCCUUGGCCAACAACUGAAUCUGCCAAAUAUAAGUAACCCAUAGAAAAUAAAUACAAGAGAAGCAGGAAAGACUGGCAUUUGUAUGUAAAUAGUAUAUACAAUCAAUUAAUCACUAUAUAAUCAAAUAAUAUUUAAAACUAAGGUUAUUAAAGAUUAUAAAACACAAAGCUUUUCCACAUCCUUCCCUAUUUUGCUGGUAAGCCCUUGAUUAGGAAAAGCUACAAUGUUAGCAGUUGUCUUCAAAGUCAGAACACAGAAAAGUUGCCCACACAGGUUGUUCUCUGGAACCGAAGUUUCUUUGCCUCUAGACCAGUGAGGUCAGAAGCCCUCUGACCCUUGUCUGGUUUUUCUCCCUGUCCUAUUGAGAAAGACGGCAAGUGGGGUCCUGCGCACAACAGAGAGAGGUAUACUUACCAUAUCCCUGAAUGGAAGGGGAAGACUGGGCCCAGGCCUCUAAGGCCCGCCUAUAGAGGGACCAGAACUCUCCAAGCUAAGUUCUCUGUGUGCUCAGCCUAUUGUGACCAAUUGGAAGCUGGACGGUGGCUUCUGUGACUUAAGCCCCACAUCACUGGGGUGUGGAUAAAAGCUUCAUGGUCUCCCAAAGGAUCAGUAAACACCAGAGAACUGGUGCACUUUCGUUGCUGAGAGCUGCUAAUUGGUAUUUGACUGACGGCUGUUGCUUCUGUAACAGGAAAUCAGAUCCACAUGAUCAGAAUACAGCAUCAACCUGAAGCCCACACUCAGCACUGGAUGCUGGCGAGAACAGAUUGGCAUGGUGCCUCUUGGGUUUAAUGCCCACAUGCUAAGACAUCUAUGUGAAGGACCCAAGAAAGACAAGAAGUCCGAAAUAGAUGAUAAAGGAAAAGGCAUUGUUCUUUGUGGACAUGGGGGAGCAUGUGUUAAUGUCUGAAACUGGGAUCCCAGGAAAAGCUGGGCUAGAGGAAGAACCUGAGGUGGUGAGAAUCGACGCACUGGGAUCCGAAGUCCGUAAUUACGAAUUUCAUUUUUUCUUUCGCCUUGAGGCUGUAAUAAAAGCUCUUGUUACACAAAAACCUAUGUGACACCCAGGGUAUUAUAUAAGCCCUUGGCAGGAGGGGAGAUAGUCCGGUCUGUGCGCUUCAGCCGCCGCAGUCGCAGUAGCCACAGCGCAGCAGCGAGAGCGGCUCAGGUUGAUUUAGAACGCGGGUGACAGUGGCCUGGCGCGAGCCUACGGCUGACGACAGCGGCUGAUCCCACUCGGUUUCCAUGGAGACGGGCAGGAGCCGCGGCGGCGGCGGCGCGGCUGUCAGCGAGCGCGGCGGCGCGCGCGCGGGGGUCUGCAGGAGGCAGGAGCAGGCCGGGGCCCUCGCUGCAGACAUGGACUCGCAUUGUGAGUGCGCCGCGGAGACGCCCGCCGCAGAGCCGCCGUCGGGGAAGAUCAAUAAGGCUGCGUUUAAGUUAUUCAAGAAGAGGAAAUCGGGGGGCACCAUGCCCAGCAUUUUUGGGGUCAAAAACAAAGGGGAUGGGAAGAGCUCGGGGCCGGCGGGGAUGGUGAGAAGCAGGACCCACGACGGACUAGCCGAGGUGCUGGUGCUGGAGGGCAGCAAGAAGGAGGAGCCGCCUGGCGGGAGCGAUCAGAGCGGGGCCCGGCCGAUCCCCGGACCCCCCAAAGCCUCCGGGCCUGGCCUGGGCUCCCUGGCCAGCAGCUCGGUGGCCAAGUCCCACAGCUUCUUCUCCCUGCUGAAAAAGAACGGGCGAUCGGAGACCGGCAAGGGAGACCAUGCCGAGGCGAACAAGGCUGGCGGCAAACAAAAGAGGGGGUUGAAAGGGAUCUUCAGCAGCAUGCGCUGGCACCGGAGGGACAAGCGCGGCAAGGAGGAGGAGGAGAAGGAGGCGCGCGCGGCGGGCCCGGGCAGCCUGGUCCUGCCCGGCUCGCUCACCGCCAGCCUGGAGUGCGUCAAGGAGGAGCCGCCUCGAGCCGUGCGCCGCCCGGACAGCCCGGGCCAGGACGCCCCGCGACACGCAGCAGGUGAGCCCGCAGGGGGAGAGCAGGCGCCCGCGUCCGCCGAGCGCGCCCCGGAGCGGACCUGCCUAGAGGCCGCGAGCCCCACCGGCCCUGGCGAUCAAAGCUCCCGGGGAGAGGACGCCGAGGGGCAUCGGCGCGCGGAGAAGCCCGGGGCAGCCCUCGAGUCGGGAGCCGGUGAGGUCCAGGAGGCCGAGGAAGCGUCCAGGACAGGUGACGUUCCGAUAAAGACCGUCCCCCUUGUCGACUCCGAAGGUGGCAGCGGCCGGGCGUCUGCAAUCCCUGACCCUUCCUCUAUUGAUCCACCCUCAGACCCGUCGGCAGAUCGUAUUUGUUUGAUGUUUUCUGACGUGACUUCACUGAAAAGCUUUGACUCUCUUACAGGCUGUGGAGAUAUUAUUGCAGACCCAGAAGAAGAGGCAGGCCCCAGCUGUGACAAGCAUGCUCCCGGGCCAGGCAAGCCAGUUCUCUCUAAAAAGAACACCAGCGUGGUGGCCUACCAAGGAGGAGGGGAGGAGAUGGCCAGCCCGGAUGAGGUAGACGACACCUAUCUCCCGGAAUUCUGGGACAUGUUGUCCCAGACUGAGGACCAAGGGCAAGGAACCCAAGAGGGCGCAGCGAAGGCAGCCACUGCUUCGGACACCAAGUUGGCCCCUGAGACCUCCAAUGAUGCCCGGGAAGCGGCCAAGGACGUGUCCUCUGUCAAGCGCAGGAGGCUCCACAGGAUUCCCAUUGAGUCUCAGCAGAAGGAGGAGCCCAAACACCCGGAGAAGGAGCAUCAAGAAGGUGUUCCUAACAGCGACGAGGGCUACUGGGACUCCACCACUCCUGGCCCAGAAGAAGAGAGCGUCAGCAACAGCAGCAGCAGCAACAAAAAGGUGGUCGUCCCCAGGGAUAGCAACAGUGGCGAUGCCCUUUGCAAUCUCUACGUUGAACCUGAAGCAAGCCCAGCCACCCUUCCUGCCACAGAGGACCCACCCUGCUUGUCCCGGCUAAAGCCAGUGUCUCCAGGCACCAUCACGUGUCCUCUGAGAACACCGGGCAGCUUGCUGAAGGACUCUAAAAUCCCUAUUAGCAUCAAGCAUCUCUCCAACCUCCCGUCCAGCCAUCCGGUGGUGCAUCAGCAACCAGCUAGGAGUGAGGUGCCCAGAACAAAAAUCCCUGUUUCCAAAGUGCUGGUCCGCAGGGUCAGCAACCGGGGCUUGGCUGGGACCACCAUCAGGGCAGCAGCAUGCCAUGACAGUGCCAAAAAGUUGUGAGGUCCCCAAGGCCAAGGAGGAUGGAUGGGCCAUAUGUUAAGGAAUACAACUUUCCCCUGGAAACCACUGAAGGAAGUUCGCUUUCUCCAAAGCAAAUCAUUUAGGACCCACCCUUCUCCAUAUGGCCUAGAAGUCUUUGUUGGAGACAGGGGCAGGACACCCUGGAAGGGGAAUGUUACACCUGGAGUUCAGAUAAGUUUCUGAGAAUUCUUUUCUAGCACUUUCUUUUUCUUUUAACCUUUUCAGAAGAUCGGGAUUUCUCUCUUCUUCUUCUUCUUCUUCUUCUUCUUCUUCUUCUUCUUCUUCUUCUUCUUCUUCUUCUUCUUCUUCUUCUUCUUCUUCUUCUUUCUCCUCCUCCUCCUUCUCCUCCUUCUUCCCCUCCUCCUCCUCCUAUUCCUCCUCCUUCUUUUUUUCCUUAAUUCAUGGAUCACUCAGAAGUCACCUUUCCUUGCCUUUGCAGAAAAUAAGAUUUAACCAAAUCUAACAACAACAACAAAAAUCACACCAGGAUAUCAUGCUGUUUUAGAGUCAAGAGGGCCUUGAGGAAUCACUAAACAACAGGAUUCUUGCCUUUCUUUCCAGGAAAGGAAAAAAAAAAAAGACCUUCGCUUUAACACUGUGUGGAAAACACCUCAAAGCUAAAGAUCCAUGUAGCUAUGUGACUAGACAAGGGGCUACUGACUGGCAGAAAGCCCCCCUCCCCCCCAGCUUCCAAUUGCCAGAUAUGCAAAUAGGGAAAGCUCUAUCUCUAUGAAGAAAGCAGAGAGUUUGAGCAUGGCUGGCUCAAAUCAUUUGUCUGAGGAGAAAUAAAAGGCUCACUCGUA